AAGAAGACAUUGACGCAUAACGUAAAACUCAGUCGAGUGCGGUCGGUCGAUUGGUGAACGUGAGUGUUCGGCGACCUGUAUUAGUUUGUGCAUUAAUUCCUGCAACGCGCGAACUGCAUUCUCGAAACCCAAUAUAGCUGGCGGGGACCCGUGUCCCGCAUUUCGUGGGCCCGUGAGAAACGUGGCGGAAAGAUACGAGACUUGUCGAGAAGGUAAACAGAGAAAGAAACCGACAUUCUGUUAAGUGAAUUAUAAACGCGUGAGUCAGCGUCGAAGGUCUGACUCCGAGAGAAGAAGAGGAAGAAUGAAAUACCUCACGUACUUGCUGACACUGGGAGCGUUGGCUACGACAGCCUUCGCCGCGAUCAAGAAUGACGCGUCGACGAUCGACGUACUCAGACAGAAUCUAUUGUAUCUGGAGAAGGAGCUGAAGGCAGACCUGGCCAACAAUCGUAAAUGGAGCAACGUCGAGGAGCGAGAGAAGUAUUUGCAUCUGAUCGAGGCGUACAAGGAAUUCGGCAACCUUGUGGACGAGCAGUUUCCCCUGAAUCGACGGGAUUACCUGAACUCCCUGGACUCUCUGUGGCUCUGGGCCCGGGCCCAGAACGAGCUCAAAGGCAUCAAUGGCUUGUACGGGGUGUUCAGACAGAUGCAACGCGAGAUCGUCGACCUGAAUGCGCCGGUCAAUGUUAAACAGCUGGCGAAUUUCGCUGAGACGAUCCUGCGGGAUCCGAACGCCGCGAUUCCAAGAGCGCUCGAUCGCAUCGCGAAUCUCAUCGUCAACGAAAAAUUGUUCAUCGCGGCCUUUCAGGAAGCAUCGCACCAAAUGUGUAAUGAGAUGCAAUCGCCGCAGCAACUGCUGUACAAUUUGUACAGUACCGUGGCGUUGACGGAGAUCAAGGGUUACACUAUGAUUCAAUUCUCCUAUAUGCUACUUCGUCUGUACAACGAAGGUAAUAACUUUAGCGAAGAGAUUCAGACACUAAAGCAGCAAUAUGCGAUCAGAACGUCCGAGACAUUAAGAGCUGUAAAAACCGCAAUGGCUUUUGCUCCGAGAGGUCUUUGGAGAUGUGAUCCAAGUAUACAUAAAUUAGAUGAAACUUAUACUGAAUUGAAGCAGCUGUUUCAAGGGUACAUCGUGAACGAGGUAGAUUUGAAUAGCGAAAACACGUGCAAGGAAAACUGUGCUUAUUAUGCGUAUACCAAGGUGUAUAGUUGCUAUAAGGAUCAGUUUUGUGGAAGACAACGUCGAUGUAAUGGCAAGAUAUUGCAUUGCGAGUACAUCGAUUCCGAUAUGUGGAUCUGUCCGUCAGAUAAAAACAGCAACAGACGAUACGAAUAUAUUGAAUAUGAGAAUGGUCUCGUUUACGGGAACAAAAAUACGUGUCGCAGAGGUACAACCAAGGUCGACAGCUGGUGGCGAUGGCUCUUUUGGCAUUGCAGUUAUUGCUUUUGCUAUUGCGACGAUCACAAUGCGAGCUCCGAUCGUUAUUUCAGUCUCCGAAACGUGAUGUCUGAUAUCUCGAAUAAUAGAGUCAUAACGGGAAUAAGAUUGAAGAAGAUAAACCAGAUUAUUCAUAUACAAAUCCAAGAAGGUCAGUUGCUUCCACGUGGAGCAAUUAAUUCGUCCACGACCGAGUGGCAACAGAUUGAUGCCUUUUCAAUUAUGGAUUCUAAUGUUAAAAGUGGUAUUGAUUACCACAAACUGGUAUGGGAAAAACGCGCUUUAGACCUUGACGAUUUGCAAUCAGCGCAAGAUCAUCUCCUGACAGGCGUUCGAUUCCGAAUGGUUGGAAGCCGAUUAAACUUGGAAAUAAAGGUGACUCCGUUCAAUUUCACGUCCGGAUUAUUAAUUCAACCUGAGGAAAAGAGCUUCUGGUACAGUAACGACAUUACUGAAAGAACCGAGCUGAAGCUUAUCGAUCCCGACAUACCGAUUCGCGAUCCCGUGCAAAAUGUACCGGAUUCCGAGGUGAAUCAAUACCUAAACUUCGCACCGAGUGAUCGACGAAAGGACGCGGCUCAGAGCACGGUUCCCUUCCUCGAUAUUCAACCAAUCAUACCAAAUCCACCGGUACCGAUCGCGGGCGCUGGAAUCUUUCACAAGGGUCGUAAGGGUUCUGGCGGAUUCGCCGCCCUGAAACUGAUCACCUACGAUUUCGCGCCGCAUCUACAAGUCGACUUGCCACCAGCACCACCAGUUCUCGAGACUCCGAACGAGAUAACAGCCGUGUAGAGUCUUUUUUUAAUCGAAAUAACACGAUUUAAAAACCUGUGAUUUAUAUAUAUACAUAUAAAUAUACCUAUAUAUAUAUAAAUGCACCAAGAACCUCAAUAUAGGUAUCAAGGUGAACGUGAAGGCACAACGUGUCGAAUCGUUGUGUAUAAAGUAAUAAAGAUGAAAAGUUUUUAGUUUUAUGAGAAAAAUGAAUUUUUUUUAAGUACACAUAAUGAAGAAAAAUCAGUAUUGUCAUACAAAAUUUAACAUUCGAAAUAUAGGUAAAAAUAUUUCUACUUUUCAAACUUCCUCCACUUUUGUAGAUUUUCAAUAUUUCGAAUAAAAAUGCGAUUAUGAAAAUGGCUUCUCAGUUUAAGAAAUAUA